AUGUCAAUCAGCUGGUGGAUACAUGGCCUGUUUAUAAGACAACUUACAGCGGAACCAAAUCAUGUUUCCAGUCAUCAGGAAGUUCUUCCAGUCAUGCUAAAUACACUGGGUGAUAUUAUUAAAAGAAAUGGUACACCAGAAGGAUCUAAGUGGUUAACAAAUGCCAUUAAAUAUCAUUUGGAAAAAUCAGAAUGUAAAAUUCUACAAAUUGCCACAAUGACCUAUGAACAUUUCGUUAAAUCGAAAAAUAUAUUACCAAACAAUUCACACUUAGCCCACAUUAUGGGCUAUUGUACGGAAUUUGUAAAUAUCGGCGUUUUAAUGCUUGAUGAUAUUAUGGAUGAUGGUAUAUAUCGUUGUGGCCACUUAACAUGGUAUAAAUUGCAUGGAAUUGGUGUGGCAAUUAAUGAUGCAUUCAUGAUUGAACAUUCGGUAUAUGCGCUGUUGAAACAUUAUUUUGGAAAUUUACAAUGUUAUCGAGAGCUGGUGGAAAUAUUUCAUGAAACUGUUUUCAUUGCGGCCUGUAUACAAAGUUUAGAUAUGGUAUAUAUGAAAAAUCCGGUGAAUACAUUUAAUAUGGAAACAUAUAAAGCGAUGGCAGCUAAUAAGGUGUCAUAUGAUCAUUUGUAUUUGCCAUUUGUAGCUGCAUUAUAUUUGGCUGGUUUUACAGAUAAAAUGAUCCUUGAACAAUCAAAAACCGUAAUGACCGAAAUUGGUACAUUUUAUCAAAUCAAAAAUGACUACAUGGAUUGUUUUAGCACUUUGGAUCGGUUUGGUAAAAUCGGCACCGAUAUACAGGAUAAUAAAUAUUCUUGGUUAGUAGUUACAGCAAUGGAGCGUGCAAAUGAGCAACAAAAACAAAUCAUAUAUGAAUGUUAUGGUAAAAAAGAUCCCGAAAAAAUCCAGAAGGUAAAAGAUUUAUACACAACGCUGGAUCUGCCAAAUGUUUAUGCUGCCGCAUUGGAGGAGUCAUAUAAUAAAUCUAAAUCUUUGAUAUAUAAUAUUUCCGAUAAGGCCAUACAGGAAAUAUUAUUGCAGAUUGCAAAUCGAAUAUAUUGUCGUGAGAAGUGA